CCCUAGCCCGCAGCCGCCGCCCGGAGCGCUCAGCCGCUAGCCGCGGACCCAGGUCCCGGAGCUGGGCUGCCAGAUCCUCUCCCUUCCAGAACACACAGACGCUCUGUUGUUGAGUAUCUCAUGAGGGUCCUUCUUCAACAGCAGAUUCGUCUCUGGUCUCCAUGCUGUCACACUGCCCUAGCCUUGGGCCAUGAGGAGAAGCUGGAGCACACAGUUUGUCCCUUGGGGUCUCCUCCCACACUGCAGGAGUCCGAGGCUCCCUCACAAGGUUACUCUGCUGUUUUCCUGCAGCAUCUGUGAUCCCCAUUGCUCGCUAGGCUGAAUUCAGGGAUCUGGGGGCACUGGGUCCUGUUGUUCUGCCAUUCCCAGACAGUCCCUCCCGGAUGGUGAGGUGCAGACUAGGGGGAUGGGGGAGGUUCUCCUCAGUGGCUCUGAUAGGCUCUGAUUUCUGGAUCAGAUACUUGUCACGAGUGGCCACUGGCUGUGUGUCUGGGCUGGUGUCGUGCUGCUCUCUGGGAAGGACCAGGGGUUCAGGACCCUGCUCCUGGCAUUCUCCAGGAACUGCCCAUUUUCACUCGCUGGGUCUGGGCAGCGGUCAUGGCUGCCUCGAAACCACAGCGAUGGGUGUGCAGAAAUGCCUAGAUAGCUAGAGGGGUUUGUCUGGGGAUGGAUAGAGAUUUCUCCAUUGUCUUCUAUCCCCCCAAGUGCCUGUGACCUCUCCAUUGCCCGCUGGUGGCUCUGCAGGGCUGUGAAGCUUGGGGCCCAGCUGUCUCUCCUGCAGUGGAUUUCCCUUCGGAAGCAACAGGACCCCUGCCUCAUUCACUGCGCAGGAUGGAGAGUGCUCUGGGAUGAAUCACGGUGGUGCAGUGAAGGAGUCUCUUAUCUGUAGAACCUCAUUUGUUGCAGAAGUUGGAAGGUUUUGAAUAGUGGACAGUAAAUAAGGCGCUGGGCCACACCUUAAAUGAUGAAGAUCAAUUUUGAAGCACUUUGAGGAGAGGAAAGUGAUCAGGAACCGUCAACAUGGAUUCACCCAGGGUGAGAGCCUGACUUGCCCGUAAGCCAUGACGGUGAUGGCUGUGCAGAUGGGGGGCCUGGCCCUGUCGGUGCUGGGCUGGCUGGGCACCAUCCUGACCUGUGCGCUGCCCAUGUGGAAGGUGACGGCCUUCAUUGGCUCCAACAUCAUCGUGGCCCAGGUGUUCUGGGAGGGGCUGUGGAUGAACUGUGUGUACGAGAGCACAGGCCAAAUGCAGUGCAAGGUCUACGACUCGCUGCUGGACCUCUCCUCGGAUCUCCAGGCAGCCCGAGCCCUAGUUGUGGUCUCCAUUGUGGUGUCCUUCCUUGCCCUCCUUAUUGCCAUCUUUGGGGCCGAGUGCACCAGGUGCGUCGAUGACAAGGGGGCCAAGGCCAAAAUCUCCAUCACCGCCGGGGCUGUCUUCAUUCUGGCUGGGAUUGUUCUGCUCAUCCCUGUGUCCUGGUCGGCCAACACCAUCAUCAGCAACUUCUACAAUCCCAUGGUGCCAGAGGCUUUAAAGAGGGAGCUGGGGGCUUCCCUCUAUGUGGGCUGGGCCGCAAGUGCCCUCUUGGUGUUUGGGGGGGCCAUACUGUGCUGCUCCUGCCCCCCCAGCCAAGAUGCGCCAUACCCCAUGAAGUAUAAAGUGGUGAAGCACUCCAGCCUGGGGAGCUAUGCCCUUAAGAACUAUGUGUGA